AUGGCCUCUCUAGGCUUUGACUACCUUAUGGACUCGGAGUCCAAGUCUAAUGCCGAGCGCGAGCCGGAGAUCAUUCUGGAGACCCAGCCGGACCCUGAUUUGCCAACCCAGCCGCUACCACUACUGCCACAACCAAUCGGAUCACCCAGUAUGAGCGCUCAGUCCAUCGAGACCCAUCUUCGUUUGAGUAUGCACUCGCGCAGGAAGACAGUCGUGGUCGGGGUCGUGGUCGUGGUCGGGGUCGUGGUCGUGGUCGGGGAGUAG